CGUCAGGGACGUCUGACAAAGCUCAGUUGUCUGUGAACUUGUUAAUAGUAAAAGUUCUAGUGUUCAUGUAUGUUUAAAAUGAGAUUUUUUUUUUCUUUGUUUCUUUCUUUUGUAAGUUUUUAGGCACAGGGAGGGAUGGAUAUUAGCAAUGAAUUGGACUGUGGGAUCUGUUACCUGCCUUACACGAGGAGCAACAGGCCACCCCGAAGGUUACAUUGUGGACACAGUUUCUGUGAAGAGUGCCUGAGGAAACUGGUAUGGACAGAUAAUGGUCAGGCUAAUUUAUACUGCCCACUAUGCCGUCAACUUACCAACUUGAGGAAGGGCCUGCCAGUGGUAAAAGCUCUUCACCUGGACAUGGAGAUGUGGUGGAAGAUUCCUCUGGACAAAGACGAGGAUGAGGAAGACCUGAAAAAACAAAACAAGUCCCAGGCUAUGAUAUAUUUGCUAUCACCAUCCAAGAGAGUGUUUGAAAACAGUGAGACUGUUCAAAAUCAUAAGAAAUCGAUACUUCCUAAAUUUCUAAAGAAAUUGACAUCUGCAAAAAAACACAGGAAAAGAAAAGAAGAUGAAAUGAGACUGGAGAUGGAACAGACACAGGCUGAUCAAAUGCCAUCAUCCAGUGUGGCAUGACCUAAGCAAGUUGUGCUGGAAGAGGAAACUGAAGACAUGGCACCAAAUUAGAAUGAAGCAAAAACAGGCAUUCUUGAAUGAGGAUACAGUAUAUUAGAACAACAUACUAUUGGACGGCAAAUGUCAAAAUUUGUGAGGCAAAGAACUUGGUCUCCACAAUUUAAAGAUGGUUUCUAUUUUCAGCUGCAACAAUUCAUGAAACAAGCUGCAGAACUGAACAUUUAGGGGCUGGCACAACAAAAAUGACUGUUGGCAUUUGUUAUAAGUAUUUAAGAGGAGGCAAGAUACAAUUAAUUGGGUAUGUAGUCUAAAUUAGUACUAGAAGUAAGGAUGUACACAUGGCCUGUUUGAAACUAGACUGUAGCCCAGUGCUUCCCAAAAGCUGUGGCUACAGUUAGAUGCCUUUUGCCAGUGGAGAGAGAGCCUGUUGUUAUUCUGACGGUUCCCAAAAAGUGUUAGCUUUUUAAUAUUGCAAAUCUCAGAGCAUUUAAUUAAAUCAUUAAUUUACUGCAUUUUGGCAAUUUUCUUUUACCUUUACUUCAUGAAAAUAAAAAGUCUUGGAAAGGAUCUUGCACUGUCAUUGUGAAUGGCUUGACAUAAUGCUAAUGUAACAAAUACACAUACACAUGGUUUGUAUCCAUUGACUGCUUUUCACUGAAACCUAGACAUUUAAACACAUUUGUUCAAAAGAUAUCAAACAUUUUAAUACAUGCAAUGAAAGUCCUAUAGAGCCUGCCAACACAGAUACUUCACACUGCAUUAGUGCAUGUGCUCGCAUGAAAGAAGUACAAGGGGUUUUGCUACUGUAGCUUUUCUUUGGUAGAUUCACCAUCUAUCACUGAAUGUAUGGCUUGUUACACUAGCACCUGCUACAUAUUCUGGAGGGACAGGAACAAGGAAAUAAAGUUGUGUGAGGCACUCACAGUAACAGCAGAUGUUCAAUCUCAUUCCUCCCUCUAUCCUUCCUGGAAAAAUACAUAUAGUGGAUAUAAAAAGUGUCCACACCCCUGUUAAAAUGUCAGGUUUUUGUGAUAUAAAAAAAA